AUACCAGUAUUAUUCUUUAAGUUACGAAACAGCCGUAACUAAAUUAUAGUAUAAUUGUGUAUUGGUAUAACCCAAGGUCAAGUUUUGUCCCCUCUCUUGGACCUAAACAUUCUUUUGAUAGUCACUCAUGGAAUAAUUUAAUAUCUUCCUCCUGAUUAAACUCUCUAUUAUUUGGUAUUGAAGUUUGGUAUUGGUUUCUUAAUUUCAGAUUUCACAUUUUUUCCAACUGGCCAAACAUGUCCUAUCUGCAAGAAGACCUUAUCUCAAUCAACAUCAAUGAAACGUCAUAUUCAGUCAACUCAUGUAGUUGGAAAUGUGGAAUCGUGCCCUGUUUGUGGAAAAGUCUUCAAAAACAAGUACAACAUUGAUGUUGAAGAAAAUACCUCUUCCUCUCCCCAUUCAUCCAGCAGGAACAGAAGUGAAGAAUACCCGAAGAUGCCAAAUUAUAUGGUGGUUGGAGAUCGCUACAUGUGCAUCUUUUGUCAUCAUACUUUCAACACCUUGCCAAUUCUGUCGCGGCAUGUUGCAGCAAAACAUCAAAAACAGGAUUCU